CUGACUGUCAUCUUGACGUUAGUCAGGCCGUCAGUCAGUUGACCAUUUAUUUUUAUAAUGAGUGUAGUGUGUUUUUGUGCUCAUUAUUUUGCAGAUAAUAGCAUAUUAUUACAAACUGUUGUUAUAUUACUCGCGCACAAGGUUCCUAUGAAGAGCCACCCGAGAUGAACACAUUGAGUCAGGUCAUCGAUCAUGAACAUAUGGUCAAAAUAACUUCGAAUUUCUCAAGGUUGGGAGACAGAUGUUACUUGGAAAACGCUGGAGCCACAUUAUAUCCGGAAUGUUUAAUGCCUAUUAUACAUGAAGAUCUUAUGAGCAAUGUCUAUAUGAACCCUCACUCAGACAAAUAUACCAAAGACUGCGUUGAACAGAUCCGAAGUAAUAUCCUCAAGCAUUUCAACACUGAUCCGUCUACCUACACUGUUGUAUUCACAGCGGGAACCACUUCUGCAUUAAAACUAGUUGUCGAAUCAUUCCAAUUUGCUACAGAAGAUGCCAUUGAUGGUAAAAACUGGGGAUCAUAUUUAUACUUGAGAGACAACCACACAUCAGUGCUGGGACUUAGAGAAAUUGCAUCUGAUAAAAAUGCUGAUAUUGUACAUAUAUCUCAUGAAGAUUUCUUAUUAGCAGUUAAGAAUUAUAAUAAGCAACGUUUGAUAAAAAACAAUAAGUUUUCAAGCAGUAGUAAUGCCAACACAUUGCUGGUAUAUCCUGCUCAGAGUAAUUUUAAUGGCUUUAAGUACCCUAUAGAUUGUAUGGAUAGCAUAAGAAAUGGUUGUCUGAAUAGCCAUUUGAGAAAACAAUUGGUAACAAUUAAUAAUAGCUGGUACAUUCUACUUGAUGCAGCUUCUUAUGUGUCAACAAGUAGACUAGAUCUGUCUAAAAUACAACCAGACUUUGUGUGUAUGUCGUUUUACAAGAUAUUCGGAUACCCAACUGGAUUGGGAGCAGUUUUAAUUAAGAAUAGUAGUGGCCACGUGCUUUGCCAAAAGAAAUAUUUUGGAGGCGGUACAGUUGAUUUUGUCUUAAGUACAGAAGAUGUUCAUGUGAAAAGAAAAGACUUAUAUGAAAGGUUAGAGGACGGGACCAUACCGUUUCUAUCAGUGCUAGCUUUAAAACAUUGUUUUGAUACAAUGAACCAAUUGAUACCUAAAAUAAUAAACGACGAUUUAAUGGAGACUAUAUCACACCACACAUUUUACCUAGCUAAAGACCUUUAUUACCAACUGCAUGAGUUAAGGCAUGCAAAUGGCAACAAGGCUGUAAUAACAUAUUUGGAUUCAGACUUUAGUGAUAUAAAGAAACAAGGUGGAAUUGUUACAUUUAAUCUAUUAAGGGACGAUGGAUCGUAUAUUGGAUUUGUAGAGUUUCAACACAUGGCGGAUCUGUUUAACAUAAGUGUUCGGACAGGAUGCUUCUGCAAUUCAGGAUCAUGUCAGCGACAUUUAGGGGCGACCAACAAAGAAUUGAAAGAAAUAUUCAAAUCUGGACACGUUUGCGGUGAUGAAAUAGAUCUCAUCAAUGGAAGACCGACAGGAGCCAUAAGAGCGUCAUUCGGAUACUUCAACACUUUCAAUGACGUCGACAAACUAGUCAGUAUGAUAUGCCGAUGCUUCGUCAAAACGAGAAUGAAACCAAGAAGACGUAAUACAAACAAUAAUACCCAUAAAACUUUACUGGAAGCAUUGAAAUCUCACAAAAUAUACAACGGCAUAUCACAUUCGCCGAGCAUAGUAAGCCAACAGGAUUUCUAUUACCAUGAACUUGAAGACGUAACAGAGAACAUAGAAACAACCACUAUUACAAUCAAAGAAGCUGCGGUAUUUCCCAUUAAAUCAUGUGGUGCUUUUAAAAUAAGGACUUCCUGGAGAAUUGGACCCAAAGGCUUUGAAUAUGACAGAGAAUGGAUGAUUGUUAAAGAUAAUGGCGUGUGUCUGACACAAAAACAAAAUCCUAGAAUGUGCAUGAUAAAACCAAGAAUAGAUCUGCAUAGAAGAACGAUGACGUUACACUUUGAAGGUAAGCACCCAAUAACGAUGCCUUUAGAUAUAACUUCUGACAACAAACUCAAAAACUCGUCACUCUGUCACAGCAAAGUUUGUACGGAUACAAUAAAGGGGUACGACUGUGGAGAUGAGGUAGCUGACUGGAUAUCAGAAGCCUUAGAAGUCUCUUACUUACGACUUAUCAGACAGUCAAGUGAGGACAACAGAGUUCUGAAAAAGCAAACUGAGGGAGAGAAAAAACUGCUAUCAUUAAGUAAUCAAGCCCAAUUUCUACUAAUAAACAAAGCUACAGUGCGAUGGUUACGGAAAAAGAUUAUCGAUCCUCUGUUUACGGACGAUAUUGAAAGUUUAACGGACCGCUUUAGAGGAAAUCUUAUUAUUGAAAUGGAUGAAGAACUAGCGGAACGAGAUUGGCACAGGGUCAUCAUUGGGAAUCAAGAGUUCAAGGUUGAAGGCCAGUGUCCUAGAUGCCAGAUGGUGUGCAUAGACCAGCAAACUGGUGAAAAAACCGUAGAACCUCUAAGAACAAUAUCCGAACAGUUCGCAGGAAAACUGCGGUUCGGUAUUUAUUUAACUUAUUUAGGAGCAGCCGACGGUUCCAAAGACCGUCUGCUCAAAAUACAUUCGCCUGUGAAACCAAUCAUCAAUGAUGAUGAUAUAAGUAGAUGAAAUAUUUAGGUAAUUGUUUGGUUACAUCGUAUUUUAAUUUAAGAAAAAUAUAUUUUCUUAUUUGGGGUAGAAGUAAGGUGGUUGGGUACAUCUAAUUGGGUUUAAGAUUAAGUAUAGUAGAUACUGUGAAAUAUGGGAUGUAUAUCAGUGAUAUAUUCUUUUAAAUCUUAUCUUCUGGGGCUAUGAUCCGUAUCUCAUCAAGUAGUCGUUAUUUGAGGGUAAUUUUGAUUGAAUUGAAUACUUGCCCAUGCUAUGCUUCCGUAGACAUAUGCGAAUCGACAUUUGUUAUUUAAAUUCCAAAAAAGACAUCAAGAAUUAUAAUAAACAAACAUUGAUUUUAAUUUGGAUAUUACUUGAUAUUUUGUCAUGCCCCAGUGAUAUUAAUAAAUCGUUUAACAUCCCACUGCAUCUGACCCUUAAAUAUAUUUUUAUAAACGUACAUACAAGAGCAAUGCAAUAUUUGUCAUGACAAUAUAAGACCUUCAUGAGAUAUGGACCUGUCCUAAACCAUUAACACAUUAUCUCUCAUUUUCAUUGUACAUUUUAUACAUAAAAUUAAAUAUUGUAUAUUAUGUAUAUUUUUGUAAUGUAUGUAAUAAUGCGAGCAGAAUUUACGGCUGUGAUUUAUUGAAAUCGAAUAAAAUACAAAAUUAUUUUUUAUUAAGUAAAUUUAUAUAAAAUGUAGCUUUAUUUAUUUAAGAUUAAAGGUACACUAUGAGCCAUAGAGACGUAGAAUUAUGGAUGCGAAGUGAAUUUACCAAUUAUAAACUUUGUUUUUAAUUAGGUAUAUAGGUACAAAUGCUGCCUUUUAUAUUUGGAAAGAUUAUAUACGUAAAAAGAGAUCAAAUCAAGUUUUUUACGAUUUUGUAAGCUUCCUUAAACGUGAACCGCGAACCUUGCCUUUAAGCAUACUAUAUUAUAAAUGAAUGUUUAUUGCCAUUUAAAGUUUAUCCUAUUUACAUAUAGUAUUUACAUAUUAUUGGGUUGUUUUAGCUAUAUUAUAUAUUUUCUUGUAUAAAUAGGCAUAUACCUCUGUAUUGUGAGGCUGAUAAUUGUUUAAUUUGUAAAUAUACUGUAAGAUUCUAUUACAACCAUAGAGGUCCUCUGAAGACCUGUUAUAAAUUAUUUUGAGAUUGGUAUAUUUUUUAAUUCCUGCCUGGCGCAACCUACAUUCCAUUGGAAAUUAUAUUUCAUGUUAUUAUGUAAGUUUGCAGAGAUCUCUAUGGUAAAAUGAGCCAAAAAGAAACUGCUUUUGUAAAAUAAUUAGGAAAUUUUAAAAUAUUAUCUCAGACAAUAAUAUAUAUUUCCUUUAGAAAUAAAACUAAAUAUUUUCUCAUUUAUGUUUAUUAUUCUAUGACUAGUUUAUAUUACAGUUGUUUUUGAUUUUAAUAUAUUCUAUGAAAUUACACAGUU